ACGAUGGAUGUGACGGUGAGAUAAAAGGAAAAUAACAAUCUCUAUAUAUAACCCAAAAGAGAUACUGUUAUCUGAAUUUUCUCUUUGUCAUAAGCCUAACACAGAUCACAUGGCUGCAGCCUCAGUCAAGAGCAACAGCAGCAGGCUCUCUAUUGCCAUGGAGAGAACCGGCCAGUGGGUUUUCUCCCAAGAAAUUCCAACUGAUGUCGUAGUUGUGGUCGGUGAAGCAAAUUUCUCUUUGCAUAAGUUCAUGCUCGUGGCCAAGAGCAACUACAUAAGAAAACUGGUAAUGGAAUCAAAAGAACCUGAAUUGACGAAGAUCAAUCUCUCAGACAUUCCCGGAGGUCCUGCGAUCUUCGAGAAAGCAGCCAAGUUCUGUUACAAUGUCAACUUCGAGAUCACAGUCCAGAACGUGGCGGCUCUUCGUUGCGCGGCAGAGUACCUCCAAAUGACCGAUAAAUACUCCGACGGCAACCUCACCGGCCGCACCGAAGAUUUCCUCACGCAGGUCGCCCUGUCCGGCCUCUCUGGCGCCAUCGUUGUCCUUAAAUCUUGCGAAGACCUUCUCCCCAUGGCUCAAGACCUCCAAAUCGUUCAAAGAUGCGUCGACGUUAUCAGUUCUAAGGCUUAUAACGAGGCCAAUUUCCCGAGCCGGUCACCACCGAACUGGUGGACGGAGGAGUUAUCUAUCUUAGACGUUGAUUCCUUCGGCAAAGUCAUAACCGCAAUGAAACAACGCGGCGCAAAGGCUCUAACCCUAGCGAGCGCUCUAAUAACGUAUACGGAGAGAUCGCUCCGAGAUCUUGUACGGGACCAAUCUGGCAACGGCACCAAGUCCUCUGAUCCCGCAAGCGACUCCGGCCUCAGAAUCCAACAACGGGAGCUUCUGGAGUCCAUCGUGACUCUCUUGCCCUCGGAGAAGGCAUGUCUCCCAAUCAACUUCCUGUGCUGCCUUCUUCGAUCCGCGAUAUUCCUCAAAGCAUCGGGCAAGAGCGAGCUCGAGAAACGGAUCUCUGUGAUCCUAGAGCACGUGACCGUCGACGACCUCCUGGUGCUGUCGUUCACCUACGACGGUGAGAGGCUGUUCGAUCUGGAAAGCGUUAGGAGGAUCAUCUCGGGAUUCGUGGAGAAGGAGAAGAGCAUGGCGGUGUUCAGCGCCGCUGGUCUCGGAGAGACCUCAUGUUCCGCUGCGAUGCAGAGAGUAGCCAAGACGGUGGAUGCGUACCUAGGCGAGAUAGCGACCUUCGGAGAACUCAGCAUUUCUAAGUUCAACGGCAUCGCCAAUAUCGUGCCCAAAGCCGCAAGAAAAGUAGACGACGAUCUCUAUCGGGCCGUCGAUAUCUAUUUGAAGGCGCAUCCAAACCUUGACGAGAUAGAGCGCGAGAAGGUUUGCAGCGUGAUGGACCCACUGAAGCUGUCCUACGAGGCGCGGCUCCACGCUUCUCAGAACAAACGCUUGCCGGUACAGAUCGUCCUCCACGCUCUGUACUACGAUCAGCUGAAGCUGAGAAGUGGCGCAGACGAUCCCGGCAUGCAAAAUGCGGUGACGACGAAGACCCAGCUGGAGACCGACGUGUCGCUGGUCAGGGAGAACGAGGCCUUGCGUUCGGAGCUGAUGAAGAUGAAACUUUACAUCUCGGACUUGCAGAAGAGUAACGUUCAUGCGACAUCAUCGAUGGCGGCCAAGGUUGGAACCUCCUCCAAAAAGCCAACAUUCUUCUCAUCGGUGUCGAAGAAACUAGGGAAGUUGAAUCCGUUCCGGCAUGGUUCGAAGGACACUUCCAAUAUAGAAGAUGUAGUGGAUAUCAGCAAGCCCAGGAGGAGAAGGUUCUCCAUCUCCUAAUCGAUCAUCAUACCAUCCUUGUCUUCUGUCAGCUUUUACAUAUAUGUUCUCGAAUCUGUAAACAAGUGUUAGAUUAGAUAGUUUGUGUCUUGUUUAUUUAAGGUUUUUUUUUUUUUAAUUGGAUUGGUGAAUUUUGUGCAUUAAA